AUGGAAGAUACUGAAUCGGUUGCAACACUCAUGGACUCUACAACGUCUAAGAUACAGCAACUUCAGAAAGCAUUUGCUGAACUUGAAAGUCACCGGGCUGUAACACUCAACUUGAAAUGGAAAGAACUUGAGGAACAUUUCCAUGGGCUUGAGAGAUCCUUGAAGAGGCGGUUUCAUGAGUUGGAAGAUCAAGAAAAGCAGUACGAAAGCAAAACUAGGAGAGCCAGGGAAAUAUUAGAGAAGCGGGAAGCUGCUGUUGUGGCCAAGGAACAAGCUUCAUUGGAGAAGCUCCAAGAGCAACGAGAUUCUGCUGUCUUUGCCAUUUCGAAUGCUCUACAGAAGCACAGGAAGGUAUCAUCUGCGGUAGCUGCUGUUGUGCCCCAUGAUGGCCAAUUUGAAUCACCAACUAUUGAUGACCAACCUCCUGAUGCCAUGACUGCUGAAAGUAACUUAGGAGAAAUAAUAGAUCCUUCUGAAAAUGGAAAUUUGGAGUACCCACAGUUGGUCAAACUAUGUGAAAAGAUGGACUCAGAAGGACUGCACAAAUUUAUAUCUGACAACCGUAAGAACCUUGCAGUCCUAAAAGAGGAAAUUCCACUUGCUUUAAAGGCUGCAGCAAACCCAGCGCAAUUGGUGUUGAACUCUCUGGAAGAUUUCUACCCCAAGGAAAUGUCAAAUGUUGAUGGAAAGAAAGAUUCCACCUUACUGGGUGUCCGCCGAACCUGUAUCAUGUUGAUGGAAUGCCUUAGCAUUUUGCUAAUGUAUGCAGAUCUAGUUUCUGUAUCUGACAUAAUUUCAGAAGAUGUUAAAUAUCAGGCAAAGACAAUUGCUGAAGAGUGGAAGCCAAAAUUGGAUUCUUUGGAUGUGGAUGCUAACAAUGGGAACUCCUUGGAGGCACAUGCCUUUUUGCAACUUCUAGCCACCUUUGGGAUUGCUUCUGAUUUUGACGAGGAAGAGUUAUCCAGGCUAAUCCCAAUGGUUUCUCGUCGUCGCCAAGCAGCUGAGCUAUGUCGCUUUCUUGGGCUGUCAGAGAAAAUGCCAGGUGUAAUUGAAGUACUGGUAAAUAGCGGAAGGCAAAUUGAUGCAGUUAACUUGGCCUUUGCUUUUAACUUAACGGAACAGUUCUCACCUGUACCUCUACUGAAAUCAUACUUGAAGGAGGCGAGAAAAGUUUCUUCAUCAGUCAAGCCUGGAAAUGCAUCUCCCACCACUGUGCAGAAUGAGGUCAAUGAACGAGAGCUGACUGCCCUUAAGGCUGUGAUGAAGUGCAUUGAAGAGCAUAAACUUGAGGAGCAUUAUCCUGUGGAUCCACUCCAAAAACGCCUUCUUCAGCUGGAGAAGGCCAAGGCAGACAAGAAAAGGGCAACUGAAGCUGCCAAGCCUCAACCCAAGAGACCACGUGCCAGUGGUGUCGGAUGUGGGCCCCGUGUCACUAUCGCUGCUCCUGACAAGACUUUCUAUCCUAGAGUACCUGAUAGGUACCCACAGUAUGUGUAUGAUAGACCAUACAUUUACCCUGGACCUGCUGACAACCAUGUUCCCCCACAUAUGAGUUCUGCUCCUUACAACUUCUCUCCCAGUCAUGGCAACUACUUUGGAAAUGGCUACCAGUAUCAGACCCCGUAUCUUCACUAG